GAGGCCAAAAAGCAUGCUGGGGCUGUGUUCCAAACAUUGAGAUAGAGGUACAUAAUUAUCCAGCACAGGAGGUCUUUCCAGAGGCUCGUCCCCCAGCAACUGUGGCGAUUAAGCUAUGAAAAGAAUUUGGUUUCAUUUCAUCUUCGUUGGACUCGGCGUCUUUUGGCAAAGGGCAACCCUCGAACCCCGAUCGCUGUUGUGGUGGUGGUAGAGAGUGGUUUGGCUUCACGGAUGGGUCCAGAGCUCUGAUCUGUUCCUUGUUGUGCCUUUGCAAGCCAUGGGUUUGAAUUCUGUGGUGCCCCGUGAGUGAAGAGCCCCUUCGUUCUGCUGGCAGAUGUUCAGCUGCAGAAGCAAGUAUCUACAGCAGCAGCAGCCGUCGUUCCAAGGGAGGAGUGGAGGUAUUACCCUGGCUGAAGGCACUGCUUUCUCUCCAUGCUUCUUUAGAGGUGUUCAGAUGGGAUUAAAGUCCACAUGGAGAUAUGGAAAUGGACCAGGAAUUUACUCUAAAAAGAUGGUCAGCUGGGAUUCGGGUUGCCUUAUCUGCCUGGUGGUGGUCACCAUGGCUGGACUUUCCCUGGCUAGACCUUCGUUUAAUUUAGUUGUUGAAGACACCACGCUGGAACCUGAAGAGCCGCCAACCAAAUACCAAAUCUCUCAGCCAGAUGUAUACUCAGCACUUCCAGGAGAGCCGCUUGAGUUGCGCUGUCAAUUGAGAGACGCCGUCAUGAUCAGUUGGACUAAGGAUGGGGUCCCUCUGGGGCCCGACAAUAGGACAGUGAUUAUUGGGGAGUACUUACAAAUUAAGGAUGCUACACCCAGAGAUUCGGGCCUCUAUGCUUGCACUGCUGUUAGGACCCUAGACAGUGAUACUCUGUACUUCAUUGUAAAUGUUACAGAUGCUCUUUCCUCUGGGGACGAUGAAGAUGACAACGAUGGGUCUGAGGACUUUGUGAAUGACAGCAACCAGAUGAGGGCACCCUACUGGACACAUACGGACAAAAUGGAGAAAAGACUUCAUGCGGUGCCAGCGGCAAACACCGUCAAGUUUCGUUGUCCGGCGAUGGGAAACCCAACACCGACCAUGCGAUGGCUGAAAAAUGGGAAAGAGUUUAAACAAGAGCAUCGCAUUGGUGGAUAUAAGGUCCGCAACCAGCACUGGAGUCUCAUCAUGGAGAGCGUGGUCCCAUCUGACAAGGGAAAUUAUACGUGCAUAGUGGAAAACCAGUACGGAUCCAUCAACCACACUUACCAUCUCGACGUUGUUGAGCGAUCACCACACAGGCCCAUCCUCCAAGCUGGCCUUCCAGCAAACGCCUCUGCAGUCGUUGGAGGGGAUGUCGAGUUUGUCUGCAAAGUCUACAGUGAUGCCCAGCCUCACAUUCAGUGGAUAAAACACGUAGAGAAGAAUGGCAGUAAAUACGGGCCAGAUGGACUGCCGUAUCUUCAGGUUCUGAAGCAUUCGGGGAUAAAUAGUUCCAAUGCUGAAGUGCUGACACUGUACAAUGUGACAGAGGCGGACGCUGGAGAAUAUAUUUGUAAGGUCUCCAAUUAUAUAGGGGAGGCCAACCAGUCUGCCUGGCUCUCAGUUCUGCCAAGUUUACAAGCUCCUGAAAAAGAAAAAGAAUACCCGACAUCCCCAGACUACCUGGAAAUAGCCAUUUACUGCAUAGGGGUCUUCUUAAUUGCCUGCAUGGUGCUGACGGUCAUCCUGUGCCGCAUGAAGAACACCACCAAGAAGCCUGAUUUCAGCAGCCAGCCCGCGGUCCAUAAGCUGACAAAGCGAAUCCCUCUGCGCAGACAGGUAACAGUGUCAGCCGACUCGAGCUCCUCCAUGAAUUCCAACACGCCUCUGGUGAGGAUAACCACUCGCCUCUCCUCAACUGCCGAUGCCCCCAUGCUGGCAGGAGUCUCGGAAUAUGAAUUGCCAGAAGACCCAAAAUGGGAGUUUCCAAGAGAUAAGCUGACGCUGGGUAAACCCCUGGGAGAAGGUUGCUUUGGGCAAGUCGUCAUGGCCGAAGCGGUGGGGAUUGACAAAGACAGGCCUAAAGAAGCGGUGACUGUGGCAGUCAAGAUGUUGAAAGAUGAUGCUACAGAAAAAGAUCUGUCUGACCUGGUGUCAGAGAUGGAGAUGAUGAAGAUGAUUGGGAAGCAUAAAAACAUCAUCAAUCUCCUUGGAGCCUGUACCCAGGAUGGUCCACUGUAUGUGAUAGUAGAAUAUGCUUCCAAAGGAAACCUGCGUGAGUACCUGCGAGCACGCCGCCCCCCAGGGAUGGAGUAUUCGUUUGAUAUUAACAGGGUACCAGAAGAGCAGAUGACAUUCAAGGACUUAGUGUCAUGCACCUACCAGUUGGCAAGAGGCAUGGAGUACCUGGCUUCACAAAAAUGUAUCCAUCGAGACUUGGCUGCAAGAAAUGUUUUGGUGACUGAAAAUAAUGUCAUGAAAAUAGCAGACUUUGGUUUAGCCAGAGACAUCAACAAUAUAGAUUAUUAUAAAAAGACUACUAAUGGACGGCUUCCAGUAAAGUGGAUGGCUCCAGAAGCUCUGUUUGACAGAGUUUACACGCAUCAAAGUGAUGUUUGGUCGUUUGGUGUGUUAAUGUGGGAGAUCUUCACGUUAGGAGGAUCACCCUACCCAGGAAUCCCAGUGGAGGAACUUUUUAAGCUGCUUAAAGAAGGGCACCGAAUGGAUAAACCUGCCAACUGCACCAAUGAACUCUAUAUGAUGAUGAGAGAUUGCUGGCAUGCUGUGCCUUCACAGAGACCGACUUUCAAACAGUUGGUAGAAGACUUGGAUCGGAUUCUCACUCUCACAACUAAUGAGGAGUAUCUGGACUUGAGUGGACCUCUCGAACAAUAUUCACCUAGUUACCCUGACACGAGGAGUUCGUGUUCUUCAGGUGAUGACUCUGUUUUUUCUCCCGAUCCAAUGCCUUAUGAACCUUGUCUUCCCAAGUACCAACACAUGAAUGGAAGUGUUAAAACAUGAAAAGAAGUCGUACAGAGGAAUAAAGAAACAAGAACAUCAAGCUACCUACCAUACACAAAACAAAUUCUUUUCUCCAGGACCUUAAUGUUUAUGCUUGUACAUAUGAAAUAUGGAAAAAAGAAGAAAAAGGAGAAAAAAAAACCCAAGCAAAACUUGGGAGGAAAGCAGUUCAAAACCUACAUAAAGAAUCUCAGAAUUCACAACUUUUGAACAUUCCCAACAAGAAGAAUGUUUAUGAACUGUGUCUAGAAUACCCAUUGCUAUCAAUUCUCUGGCUUCCUGUAAGCUGCAACAGACUUUCUUUGUACAAUGGACCAGUUGGACUUGAGGCAAACUCUGGGUCUGCCUUUCUUGUUUAUUUUGUAAUAUUUGGAGAAAAUAUAUGUUGGCACACACUUACAGAGCACAAAUGCAGUAUAUAGGUGCUGGAUGUAUGUAAAUAUAUUCAAAAUAUGUAUAAAUAUAUAUUAUAUAUAUUUACAAUGAAUUAUUUUUUGUAUUGAUUUAAAAAUGGAUGUCCCAAUCCACCUAGCGAGUUAGUCUCUUUUUUAACAGCUAUUUGCUAAAUGCUGUUCUUACACAGAAUUUCUUAAUUUUCACCAUCCAAAGGUGGAAAAUACUUUGCUUUCAGGGAAAAUGGUAUAUCAUUAAUUUAUUAACUAAUUGGUAAUGUACAAAACAGUUAAUCGUUUAUAGGGUUGUUGUGUUUUUAUAAUUUAAAUGGCAUUUCUAUGCAGGCAGCACAGAGAACUAGUAGAUAUAAUGCUCAGACUUUACUAGUUUUCAAAUCUUUAAAAAAAAAGAAUAUUUACAGUAUAUAACUAAUUUUGGGGAAUUAAACUUUUGAUUUAUUUGUGUUUUAAAAACUGCAGUGUCAGAUGAUUAUUCUUAUCAAAGCCAAAUCCUUUAACAAGAAAGUCUUUUAUUCUCAAUACUUGUCACUUUAACAAUUUAACUCUUUAGCAAUGUUUCCAGUGGCCAAAAAGCAAAAUCAUUCCACACAGACACACACAUAAAAAAAGGAAGAAAAUUUCAAAGGGGGUUCCUAAAGUAGGGAGAGACAUGAAUUUGUCUAUAACCGUAGCAGAACAUACUGCUCUAAAAGGAGCUGAGCUUCUACCCUGAGUUGCACAUGCAUCAAAUUAACUACAAUUCUCUUCCCUGAGUUUGGAUAAUAGGUUCCAGAUCUUUUGGCCUGUAUCUUUUGCCUUUUAGACUAUCCCUCUAUUGUAACUUAAGUUAAAAAGAGAGUUGUUGUUUAUAAUGACAAUUUGCCAUAGGAAUAUCAGCAUCUUUUUAAGGGAUUAAUUCAUGCUGACUCCAGUAUUUCCUUCUGAUCCAUUCCAUAACAGUAGGUAUAGCAGUGGCCUCUGCUAAAAUAUCAGUGUUGUUUGUAUCUUUUUACAGAAGUCUUGUGUUUUUACUUUCAGAACACUCACACUGAUAUGGCCAUGCAGUAUGAAUGCAAAUUACACUGUUUUAUGUGGUGGUUUGUUUCUGGUUGUCCUUUUAUUUUUAAAUUGGGUAAAAGAAGUAUUAAAAUCUGUUAACUUUUGUACUGACAAUAAAAUGUUUCUACAGAUAUUAAUGUUAAAAUUACAAAAUAAAUGUCAUGCAGCUUAUUUUUCCUAA